AGAUGCUUGGAUCCGUAUUGUUGGGGUGGACAUGUGUUUAUACGUUAGAGUGAAUCCUCUGAACCUAUGGGAUGACUCCCUUCUCUAUUUCUUGAAGAGGAUCCGGACCUUAUUUUAAGGCUGUUCAUUUAGCUUUAAGUCCCCCCACCUCCUAAUAUCACAGCAACAGCAGGCAGAAGCAAGCAAGCAAGCAGUCAUGGACUCACUAAAUCCACACGUAGCACUAUUUGCAAGCCCAGGCAUGGGCCAUCUCAACCCUUUGGCUGCCCUUGCCAAGCGCUUGUUCUCCCAGCACGGCUUCCACUCCACCAUCUUCGUCGCCUCAGCCUCUGCUCCCAGUGCCAAUGCCAAAUCCCAACUCCUACAUUCCCUACAGCUCCCCUCCGCCAUCAGCAUCGUCCAUCUCUCGCCGCCUGAUAUCUCCGCCUUCGUCACUCCCCAAACAGCCGUCGUCUCCCGUAUCCACAUCAUCGUCAGAGAAUCAAUCCCAGCCUUACGAGCUGCUAUAGCUGCCAUGUCACCGCAGCCCACUGUGUUGGUGGUCGAAAUGUUCGGCACCAGCGCUUUCCCCGUGGCAGAAGAGCUAGGCAUCCCCAAAUACGUUUACAUCCCGACGACGGCAGCCUACUUGGCGUUGAUGGUGUGCGUCCCGACGCUGCAUAGGGAGGUAAAGGGAGAGUACGUGGACAUGCAGGAGCCGGUUCGCAUACCCGGUUGCAAGCCGAUUCGAGUGGAGGACCUGAUCGACUCCAUGAUGGACCGGAAGAAAGACCAGUACGACUGUUGUGUAUAUAUGGGGUCCACAUUGCCUUUGGCAGAUGGGAUACUGAUAAACACGUGGGAGGAUUUAGAGCCAAGAACGCUCAGAGCCCUUUGUGAGGAUGCCAUCCUACGUCGGAUCAUGCCCCUGCCGGUUUAUCCGGUCGGACCAAUAGUAAAUUCAUCCGGUCUACCUUGUGACAAACCACGUGCAGAUUGUCUAGCUUGGCUUGAUGAACAACCCGUGGAAUCGGUGAUUUACGUAUCGUUUGGGAGCGGCGGAACGCUGUCGGAGAAACAACUUACUGAGUUGGCUUUGGGGUUGGAGUCGAGUGGGAAACGAUUCCUUUGGGUGGUGCUUCCGCCGGCUGGGAAAGACGGGGCUUACUUCAAUGCAGGGAGCAAGGGCGGAGAUGGAGGUGAUGGGCUGUCAAGGUACCUUCCGGACGGGUUCUUGACCCGAACCCAAGAGGUGGGAUUGGUUGUUCGUAUGUUGGUCCCGCAGGUAGAGGUGUUGAGCCAUCCAUCAGUAGGAGGGUUCUUAUCACAUUGUGGUUGGAACUCGACAUUGGAAAGCAUGGUGAACGGGGUGCCGAUGAUCGCGUGGCCUCUGUACGCGGAGCAGAGGAUGAAUGCGGCGAUGCUGGCGGAGGAAGUAGGGGUGGGUUUGAGGACGAAGGAGUUGGCGACGAAGAUGGUGGUGGGAAGGGAAGAGAUAGAGAAGCUGGUGAGGUUGACGAUGGGAAAGGAAGGGGAAGCAAUGAGGAGAAGAAUGAAGGAAGUGAAGGAGAGUGGGUUGAGAGCGGUGGAUGAGGGUGGGUCUUCUAGGAAUUGGCUCUCUAAUGUUGCGCAGCAGUGGAAGCAGAUUGGUUAUUCUAAAGCGAAGGAAGGGAGAGGGGUUGGGAGGGAGAUAUCGAUGGAGCUCAUGAAUGGUCAUGAGCAGUCAGGCUUAGAUCCCAAUAGUUUUUCCUGUGCUAGGGAUAAUCCUUUGAAGGUUUCAAUGUUGAAGGAAUCAUUGACCCUAGACGCCACUUUUAGAAAAAUUUCUCAGGCCCUGGAUGCUUCUUUCUUCUUCUUAUUAAACAGAAACCCAGCCAGAGUUGCUUCAUCCCAGCUCUCCAGCCACAAAGCCAUGGACUUGCCAAACACAAACCCAAACCCACAGGUGGCACUAUUUUCUAGCCCCGGCAUAGGCCACCUCAUCCCUCUGGUAGCCCUCUCCAAGCACUUGUUCUCCCAGCACGGCUUCCACUCCACCAUCUUCGUCGCCUCAAUUGAAGCCUCUACUACCACUGCCCAAUCCCAACUCCUUCAUUCCCUACACCUUCCCUCCGCCAUCCGCAUCGUCUACCUCUCGCCGCCCAACAUCUCAGCCUUCGUUACUGCCCAAACAGCCGUCGUCUCCCGUGUCAGUAUCACUGUGAGAGAGUCAAUGCCAGCCUUCGGAGAUGCUCUUGCUGCCAUGUCACCGAAGCCCUCUGUGUUGAUCGUCGAAAUGUUCGGAACCUACACUUUCCCCAUCGCAGAAGAGCUAGGCAUUCCCAAAUACGUUUACAUCCCGACGACGGCAGCGUUCUUGGCGUUGACGGUGUACGUGCCUACGCUGCAUAAGGAGAUAGAGGGCGAGUACGUAGACAUGCAAGAGCCGGUUCGCGUCCCAAGUUGCAAGCCGAUUCGGGCGGAGGAUCUGGUCGACCCCAUGAUGGACCGGAAGAACGACCAGUAUGACUGGUAUGUAUAUAUGGGGACCACGUUGCCCUUGGCAGAUGCGAUACUGAUAAACACGUGGGAGGACUUAGAGCCAAGAGAACUCAGAGCCCUCCGAGAAGAUCCAAUCCUACGUCGGAUCAUGCCCUUGCCCGUUUAUCCUGUGGGCCCAAUAGUGAUAUCAUUGGACCCACCUUGUGACCAAUCACGUGCAGAAUGUAUGGCGUGGCUGGAUGCACAACCUUUGGAAUCGGUGAUUUACGUAUCGUUGGGGAGCGGCGGAACGCUGUCGGAGGAGCAACUUACUGAGUUGGCUUUCGGGUUGGAGCUGAGUGGGAAACGAUUUCUUUGGGUGGUGCGUCCGCCGGCGGGGAUAGACGGGGCUUUCUUCAACACUUUGGGGGGGAGCGCAGACGAUGAAAUGUCAAGGUACUUGCCGGACGGGUUUUUGACCCGGACCCGAGGGGUGGGGAUUGUAGUCCCCUUGUGGGCCCCACAGGUGGAGGUGUUGAGCCAUCCAUCGACUGGAGGGUUUUUAUCACACUGUGGGUGGAACUCGACGCUGGAAAGCAUGGUGAACGGAGUGCCGAUGAUCGCGUGGCCGCUCUACGCGGAGCAGAGGAUGAAUGCGGCGAUACUAGAGGAGGAACUAGGGGUGGGGGUGAGGACGAAGGAGUUGCCAACGAAGAGGGUCGUGGGAAGGGAAGAGAUAGAGAAGCUAGUGAGAUUCGUGAUGGAAAAGGAAGGGGAAGAAGCACCGAGGAGAAGAAUGAAGGAAGUGAAGGAGAGUGGGUUGAGAGCGGUUGGUGAAGGUGGGUCUUCUCGGGAUUGGCUCUCUCAUGUUGUGCAGCAGUGGAAGAUUAGUUAUGCUAAAGCAAAGGCAAGGGAGAGGAGAGAAGAAGGAGAGAUAGAUGGAGCUCAUGAGUGGUCAUGAACAGUUCAAUUCUUAGGUAUCUCAAGAGUUUUUCUUUCUUUUGCCAAGGGUGAUCCUUUGAAGGUAUCAUUGCCUCGGUGAUCAAUUCUCAGGUCUUAAAAUAGUUUCAACUGCACCUCUUCCUGCGACAUGUUUGGUAAACUAGCUUCUAAUGCAAUGAUUCUAUCAUAUUUGAUGGAAAAAGA